UUUAGUGUUUUUUCACCAAAAACGUCAAUUUAACACUUUUUUAACUUAAAACUCAAAAUAAAUAAAAACCCAAACAAAAUUUUUAACUUUUCUAGUGAGUAAAUUGAUUAUAAAGCAAUAAAAUGAAUUCUGAACCACCUGUACUCUUCGAAACUUAUUACAACAAAGGUAUAAUCACUUUAAACCGUCCAGAUAAACUAAACGCGAUAAAUUAUGACAUAAUUCAAAAAAUAAGUGAACAUUUAAUUCAAUGGCAAUGUCAAAAGUUCCUCCUGGUAAUAAUCAAAGGCAAUGGAAGAGCUUUCUCAGCCGGAGGUGAUUUAGUCUCCUUACAACGUGCACAAAAUGGCGAAUAUGACUUCAAACAACACGCAGUUGUAAUUCUUUACUUAGCUUACACCCUAGUAGGACAAAUACCAAACUACAAACCCAAUUUCAUCUCAUUCAUGGAUGGAAUUGUCAUGGGCGGAGGAGCAGGGUUGUCCAUCCAUGGAAAAUACAGAAUAAUCACGGAAAGGACCAUUUUUGCGAUGCCAGAAACAACAAUCGGUUUUUUUCCCGAUGUGGGAGCUUCAUACUUCCUCAGCAGACUCCAAGGAAGACUCGGGUUAUAUUUAGGCCUCACAGGAGAAAGAUUACAAGGUGAAGAAAUAGUUAUCUUUGGUCUGGGUACUCAUUUCGUCCCCAGUGACUUGUUACCAGACUUAGAAAAGCGAUUGAUGGAAUGUCAUGAUGAUUAUGAUAUUGAGGUGACUUUGGAUUGUUUUCAUCGAUAUACAUUUGAUUUGGAGGAUGAUAAAGAAGUGCAACUCAAAGAAAUCAACUCCUGCUUUGAUGCAGAGAGUGUAGAAGAGAUUUUAUUGAGAUUAUCAGAGAAUGGUUCAAAGUUUUGUUUGAAAACGCGUGAAACUUUGAUGGGGAAAUCUCCGACAAGUUUAAAGAUUACUUUUGAGGCUUGGAAGCGUGGAAGGAGUAUGAGUUUGAUUGAUUGUCUGAAUAUGGAGUAUCGAAUGGCGAGUAGAUGUUUAUCUGUUAAACAUCAGUUGAAUUUGGGACAUAAAAUCAAGCCGCAUUCGGAUUUCAAGGAAGGUGUGCGUGCGUUGUUGAUUCAUAAGGAUAAAACACCGCAGUGGUAUCCAAAGACGCUUGAGGAUGUUAGUCAGGAGUUGGUUGAUAGUUAUUUUCAUGAGGCGGAUAAUAUUUGCCAUGAUUUUAUCAGAUAAUUGAUCAAGUUUAUGAAUAAGUUGAUGUUUUGAUUGAAAUUUCGUUCGGUUAUGUUCGUGUCAAUUCGUUUUUUUGGUUUAAAAUUAAAAAAAUUCAAAUAAAU